GGAUCCACAGCUACUAGUAUGGCCAUCCCAGUGACCUGCACCCGCUUCACGGACGAAUACCAGCUGUACGAGGAGCUCGGCAAGGGUGCCUUUUCGGUAGUCCGGAGAUGUGUGAAGAAAUCUACUAAUCAGGAGUUUGCUGCGAAGAUUAUCAAUACUAAGAAGCUGUCUGCUAGAGACCACCAGAAGUUGGAACGCGAGGCUCGGAUUUGCCGCCUUUUGAAGCAUCCUAAUAUUGUGCGCCUCCAUGAAAGUAUUUCAGAAGAAGGUUUUCAUUAUCUUGUUUUUGACCUGGUCACAGGUGGAGAGCUGUUUGAAGACAUUGUAGCGAGAGAAUAUUACAGUGAGGCAGAUGCCAGCCACUGUAUUCACCAGAUUCUGGAGAGUGUCCAGCACAUCCACCAACAUGACAUUGUCCACAGGGAUCUGAAGCCUGAGAACCUGUUAUUGGCCAGCAAAUGCAAGGGGGCUGCUGUGAAACUGGCUGAUUUUGGUCUUGCCAUUGAAGUCCAAGGAGACCAACAAGCAUGGUUUGGUUUUGCUGGCACACCAGGCUACCUCUCCCCAGAGGUGUUAAGGAAAGACCCUUAUGGAAAGCCAGUUGACAUAUGGGCCUGUGGGGUCAUCCUGUACAUAUUAUUAGUGGGUUAUCCUCCUUUCUGGGAUGAAGAUCAGCAUAAGCUCUACCAGCAAAUCAAAGCUGGAGCAUAUGAUUUCCCUUCACCUGAGUGGGACACCGUGACUCCGGAAGCAAAGAAUUUAAUCAACCAGAUGCUGACAAUAAACCCAGCAAAACGCAUCACAGCAGAUCAGGCUCUGAAGCACCCAUGGGUCUGCCAACGAUCAACAGUUGCCUCAAUGAUGCACAGACAAGAGACUGUAGAAUGCCUGAGGAAAUUCAAUGCACGGAGAAAGCUUAAAGGUGCAAUUCUCACUACAAUGCUGGUAUCUCGGAAUUUUUCAGGUGGAGGUAACAGAAGAGAGAAAAAGGAAAACACUACAGUUGGCAGGCAGAGCUCCGCCCCCGUUGCAGCCGCAACCAGCGCUGCCAACUUGGCUGAGCAAGCUGCCAAAAGUCUAUUAAACAAGAAAACAGAUGGAGUCAAGAAAAGGAAGUCAAGUUCCAGUGUGCAUUUAAUGCCACAGACCAACAACAAAAACAGCAUAAUAACCCCAGCAAAAGAAAACCCCCCAUUGCAGGCAACAAUGGAACCUCAGACAACUGUUGUUCAUAAUGCUACAGAUGGAAUAAAAGGAUCAACUGAGAGCUGUAAUACCACAACUGAAGAUGAAGACUUGAAAGCUACCCAGUCUUGCGAGGAGAAAGUUCUAGCCUGGGAAAGCCCAGGUCAGACUCUGGAGAUAGAGCAUGCCCAGGCUGAGCCUAUGCUCACUCCAGUUGUACCAUUUUCACUUAGCAAUUCGCUGUUGCGAAAACAGGAGAUUAUAAAGAUCACGGAGCAAUUGAUUGAAGCUAUUAACAAUGGAGACUUUGAUGCUUACACGAAGAUCUGUGACCCUGGCUUGACUUCAUUUGAACCUGAAGCACUUGGCAACCUUGUUGAAGGAAUGGACUUCCAUAAAUUUUAUUUUGACAAUUUGUUGUCCAAGAAUACUAAGCCUAUCCAUACUACCAUUCUGAAUCCCCAUGUACAUGUCAUUGGGGAAGAUGCAGCCUGUAUUGCUUAUAUCCGACUUACACAAUACAUUGAUGCACAGGGACGACCUCGUACUACACAGUCAGAAGAGACAAGGGUCUGGUAUCGCAGAGAUGGCAAGUGGUUGAAUGUCCACUAUCACUGCUCUGGGGCCCCAGCUGCCCCCCUUCAGUGAGGAACCAGUUCAGCCUCUCCCGUGGAAGAACCUCUUUCUAUCGAGCGAGUGUGGAUCGCCCAAACGACGGCAACUGUCCCGUUCGUUCGGAAGUUUUAAAAAAGAUAAAAAGUACAUAAAAAUUCAAAAAAAUAAAAAUAUUGCUGCCGGCAGUAGCCAAAAAUGCACGAAAACCCUGCAUGCAUUCUGAGGCUGAAGCAGCUGCUGGCUAAAUUGUUGUAUUUCAUGGAUCCAUCGUGUCUGUUCCUGCUGUACGGAGGUGUUUUUAAAGUUUCAAAAUGAGCAAAAACUAAUAUAAAAUAGUAUAUAUAUAUUGUUUGUUAAAAAUCAGGCUGAGGAUUAUGCGGCUGCUUUUUGAAAGAGAAAGGUUGAGACAGCCACCUGAAGCAUCAUUUGGGGAAAGAAACAAAAAUGGAGAGAAUAACAUGUGUAAGGACUAGCCCUUUUCAUUGAAUAAGCUGCUGGUUCAUGUAAUGCAAUUGUAAAGAAAGGAGGGGUGUAGUUUAUAAGGAAUGGUGUCUUCACCUGUUCAAAGCGUUGACCUGCAAAAGUGAUAAGGUAGAGCCACGAAAGGAGGUGUUAUUUUGUUUCAUCCUCUUUAUUUUUAAGACUAUUAAAACCUUCCAAAUAUUGUCGGCUGAGCUGUUUUGCCUCCAAUAUAGCACUGAGCUGGAGAUAUUGUUAUCCAUCCAACUGGCUCCCAAGAGCAGAACUUGGUCUGUGUUAAGAAGGGAAUGAGCAGGGGAGAAAUAUUACAGAGAUAUAAAGCUAUAU